AUGAAAAGUACGGUGAAUAAGAAAGCAAGAGCAGAAGUACAGGAAAAGACCCAAAAUGGAACGAAUGGACUGACAUCGUUAACUAUCGUUCCGAAAACUGUGGUUACGAUGAAACCAAUUAACCCGCUCACUGUGAUUGUUAAUGUUGAACCACUGCUCCUAACAUUUGGCGUGAACAUCUCACCGAUCAAGACACUCGGUAUUAUUGCUAGACCUGAAAAAAAAUUAUUGGUCCAAACCCUGAGGGCGGCAAAAGAAUAUGUGGAUAGAUGUGGUCAAACAAGAUCUAAAGCUCUGCAAGACGACGCGUCCGACAGAACGAAGUGGAAAAAAAGGACCAGAAAGGCAGACCCCACCAUCAGAUGGGAAUAA